AUGGAUUAUCAAGAAACAGGAGACACCAAGGUUCAAUUUUAUCCUUCAGCCAAGCUAAGGAUGUAUCCAAUGCCUGACAAGGAAGACCGUGUAGCGGCCUGGUACAGCCGUGAAGACUUUGUUGAGUUUCGAAAGCAACGAGCUGAGAACAUUCGGACCAUCCGAAAGUUGGGUAUUCUAAACUUGAGAGCCGAACAGCAAGAGAAGAUGUCGAUUACUACCAUGGGCAUCCGUGGCGAUCUUUCCUCCAAAAGGCGGCAAAUCAGAGAACUGCGUCGAGAUUCUCGAUUAUAUUGUGUCCUUAAAGAGCAAUAUCGUCAGUAUCAAGAAGGGAUCAAUGAUCCGGAGGCGAUCGCAAUGUCAUGCCAACAUAUUUCGCAGGAAAGCUCUAUCGAAGCCCAAGAGGAAGGACAAAGAACUCACGAGUCAAGCUUGAAAGUAUACGAAGAAAGCACAUUGGAACAGAAAUUGUGUUUCUCAGGCUUCAUUAUUGGUACAAAUAACAAGAGAGCCGUCGUUCCAGAGCAUGCGACCUCGUUUGCAAGGAGGAAUGUCACACGAUCGGCAAUUGCAGCAUGA